CUGGCUCAGCUGGCCCUCAGUGUCAGUUGCUUUUACUUUGACAGAAGGAGAGGCUGGGUAUUGUGCUGGCUAACGCUGAUUUCAGAUCCAAGAUCUAAUCUAUUACUGAGUGGACAAAAGUGCUUUAUAAUUCCACUCUUGGUGGCGUCAUUGUGUCAGAUUAGUUUUGUCGCCUUUUUUCUCUUUACAAACAUUGACUAAGUAACCUUCCUCAUCCCUGGGAGGUACAGAAAGACAAUAAGAUUGACUGAAACGAAACUGGCAACCCUUCCUGACGUGCUGCAGAAUGGACGUGCACAGCUUGCCAAGGGAUGAGGACGACGACGCAGCUGCUGAGGGCACGUCCACCUUGGGAAGUGAGGAACAUUCCAGUGGGAGCCAGCGUGAGCCACAGCUGGCUCGAGAAGAUACUCAGGAUGGCCCAGGCAAGGUCGUUCCUAAGCAGAGUGGGCCCAUCCUGAGGUGUCUAAAGCGAAUCUGCCAAAAAGCAAAGAAAGACAAGAUGCCAUAUCUCCGAACUGUCACUACAGUCCCAGAUAUCUCGCGCAUGGAGACUAUUUGGGAGGCGGAUGAAGGUGGACUUGAGCAGCAUGGCUGUGCUAUGGAGGGAGCCAUGCUCAUGCUGGAAUCAUGGAGAAACACUGUUGACUACUUCAAUAGUAACAAAGAGGAUUUCAUUAUGAAAAAAAGUUUCUUAAGACUCUUGUCUGUUCUCAGCAAGAGCAUCGACUGGCAUAACAUGCCUGACUUUUUUAUUCACAACAUUGCAUCCGACACUGCGGGAGCCAUCGUGGAGAUGAUUAAGAAAGAACCCCGGGACUCUCUCUCCAGCACCAUACGGCUCCAGGCCAUGGCCACCAUUAUCGACCUGAGCAAAAAGCACGUGGUGAAGGCCAUGGGCUCCCACCAGAGAAGGGUCCUGCUGAGAACAUUCCUCAAGAGCGUGUUUUCCCUGCCACUCCUCACGACAUUGCAGGCGCAAGGAGUAAUCAGGGAUACAAGUGCCCAGUACACAAAGGCUCUCUUCAUUGGAACAUUGCAGACCCUCAACGAGAUGCUCCAGAGUCUGAUUGUAGAAAAUCCAGUUCCGUCUGAGCUAGAGAGGAUCUUGCAGCUCAUGGAGUCCUGGAUGCAGUCCAGGGAAGAGUGCCUGCGGGUGAGGGCUGUAUGGAGCAGCUUAAUGCUCCUAAACUUCGUGGCCACAGAAGUCAAACUGGAUGAAGCGUCUCCGUUCACCAGGCUCGGACACCUGGUUGCAGUGCUGGGGAUCCGCUGUGGGGAUCCCGUCAAGGCGGUCAGCUCAAAGGCAGCAGAGGGUGUUCAUCACCUCGUCUCUAUUGCGUGGCACCAAAAGACUGCACAGUUGGACAGAAAGAACGUGGAAUGCACUGAACAGAGGAACAAGGAAUUUCUGGCUGCUUGGAGCCCCACUGUGGUUCACAACAGCCCCUCCAGGAUCGCGGAGCUCUUUGGAAUCUAUUUUAACCCAAGAGAGAGGACAGAUUUCAUUCUGACUGUUAUGGAUGGCCUGACGGAUCACUGCAACAAUAACUGCCAGCCCACCGCAGAGGGAUUGCUGUCUGCCAUGCUGAACAGUGGUGGGAUGAAGGUGGAGAAGGCAGCAGACCUUGUGGCUGGGGUUUGCAGCCGGUUGGAUUCAGUCCAGCAGCCCAGCUCCAGGACAGUGAUGAUGAAGUUAGUGGCUCUGCUGGCUGGCGAGGCGGAGCAUCUGGACCCAGUGAUCUCAUGCCUUCUGGACCACUCCUUCCCUACAGACAGAAAUUUGGCCGAGCUGUGGCAGUUCCUAUCUGCUGACCCGGCCCUCAGAGAACAGGUGAUGGAGAACCUGGUUGUGAAGCUGCAGAGUCACCACAGCUCUGAGCACCAAGCCUCUCACAUGUCUGCUGCCGCCACAUGCGCCCUCUAUGAGAUGAUCUCGGUGAGCAAGUCCAAAGAUGUCACAAACCGCCUCUAUCCUCAGCUGCUAAUGGCGCUUCUUGUCGAAAUCCAUUUCAGCCUGGGACAGAGCCUGCCAGGGGAUAAGGUCUCUGGAAGGGAAAGCAGUCGGCAGAGCAUCCACACCAGCACUGCAGUGGAGGCUGUAAAGAUGCUGCUGCUCAAUGUGGGCUGCCGUUUCAAGCUGACUGUUAUGGAGAAGGAGCACGGCUGGAUCCUUCUACAAAGCCCCAGAGAUCACCUCCAUGGGGUGAGCCUGCUGGCCAGAGCCAUGUUGCACUAUGCUUGCCCUGAGACCACAAGGAUGCUGCUGGACCUAGUGAUCCCGCUCCUCGACAGAGGUGAUAAGAAGCACAGGCUGACCACGAUGGCCUUCUUUGUAGAACUUCUGCGUUGCAAAGAGGCCGAGAAGCUCCCACAUCCAGACACUCUGGACCGUCUCGAGGAGUGGACAAAACACCCCAGCCCUGUUUUCCGUUCACUUGGUCUAAGAGGACUCGGCAUCCUGGCAACCCAACCAGGGAAGGUGGAACAAGUCAAGGCCCUGCUGCCUGCCAUCCUUUGGGGCUCGGAUGAGAUGGAUGAUGGGAGUAUUCUGGAGGCCAUCUCAGCUGUUCAGAACCUUCUGCAGAGCCUGGUUGGGAGUGAGCUCACCAGCGUGGCCAGGAAGCUAAUCCCCUUACUCAGUGCCGUGAGACCCCAGGUGCGCUCUGCUGCCAUCAUGCUCUUUACAGAGUUGCUUAACACAGUGAAGAGGAGGCAGAAGCACCUGAUGCAGGAGGAAGUGACCUGCAGCCUGGUCCCACUGCUCCUUCACUUACAGGAUGAGGACCCUGACGUGGGCAAGAGGUGUCAGAAAGCCUUGGCUGGGUGUUUUCGGCUCCUGGGAUGGGCUUGUCCUAAGCAGAUUAACAGCAAGAAGGCUUGGCACAAGUAUCCGCAGGUGGUGGACAAGAUCUGCCAGCACUCUGUGCUGAAGCUCAGGAGCGUAUCUGACACCUUGCUCCAAUGUCUGGAUCACCUCCAAAGCCCUCAGGUUCCAAUACGACGGGCAGCAGCCAUCUUUAUCGGUUGCACUGUUCAAAACUCAGAGCCCGCCAUGGUCAGGCAAGAGAAGGAGUUGAUACUUCAGUCUCUCAGUGGCCUGCAGCAGGAUCCGGAUUCCUCUGUCCGUGUCAGCGUCUCACGGGCCAUUCAGCAAGUCCGGGAUCCUGGCAGAAACCAGUCACCUCGGGCCAUUCAGCAAGUCCGGAAUCCUGGCAGAAACCAGUCACCUCAGACCCUAGGAGCUAGAUUCAGGAACCUGUUCCACUGCUUGACUGGCCAGGAGGAGAGGGAAAAUGCUCCUGACAGAGAUCUCAUGGGUGGCCCGGACCCUUCCCAAAGCCACCGAUGGGUCUCAGGAGGGCCUUGAGUUCCCACAGAGAAGUUGGUGACUGGAGGAGGUCGGCUGAGCCACCCCCCCAGACCCGAAGCCAGUGCCUGCAUGAUGCUGUGAUAAUUAACUGCAUUGUUCCCCAUGAGAUGUAGGCAGCUGGGGAUGCGUUUAAGUGACCCCUGUACUCAGCAGAAUGACGGCUGCUGGCUCCAGCUAGACAAAAAGGCUCCGAUCUCUGAUACAUUCUUUGUGACCGUGUAGGAAGAGAUGGAAUCUGUGCAUUAGCCCUCAUGCUAUGGAGUCAUGGGAAGGUUUGGCAGCAGAAGUAGAUGCUGUGUGGACUAAUCUACGAAUGACUAACAGACACUUGGGCCAGCACUUUCAAACACGGAUGUCAAAAGUUAGGUACCUAAAGCCAUACUUCUUCUUCAACACUUCGCUGAACGGUUGGCCAUAGCAAUUGUUCACCGUUGAUCCAUUCCUGUGCUUGACGGGCCGAGAGCCCAACAUCGGAAUAGACUUGAGACACCCACGUAAUAGGGGGCUUGCCUUUGGGCUGCCUCCACCCCUUGAUUGGUGAAAUUUUCUCUUGGAUGUUACGAGCCAGUCAAAGAACGGCGUUAGCCGGAACGUCUUGUGGCAUACUCGCAACACGUCCGAAAAGCAUAAGACGCCAUUUGCAGACAAUGGCCCCAGUAGUCUGCAGACCAGAGCAACCAUAAACAUCUGCAUUACAAAUGAAGUCAUUCCACUCUAUGCCCAAUAUACAACAUUGGCAUUUUGUGUGGAAAGCCUCCAGCUUUGCCCACUCUGAGUGGCGCAGUCUCCAUGUUUCGCAACCGUACAGCCGUACGGAGAGGAUAUAGCUCGACUAGCUCCUGAACUUGGUUGUCGUGCCGAGAUGAUGUUGAUUCAUUGUAAACGACCCCUGGCAGAGGCUGCACUGCCACACUCAAGCACCUCAAUAAAUGGCCUGAUCUUUCUCAAAUGCUGAAUACCAAGAACUUCUCACUCAAAUCUGCCAAAGCCAUGGCUGCUCAGCUCCUCUGAAAAUCAAUCCACUUGUUUAUGAAUGUCAGUGCCAGACUUUGGACAGUGACAUAGGAAGACAUUGGCCUGCGCCUAUGCAUGGACCCUCAUCCUACGAUCCAGCCCCUCAACGGAUACAUCCCAGCUUCUAACUGUGAGCCAUUCAGCUACAAUGGGGAGGCCUAGAUGCUAGCCCCACACCACUGUGCUGGCCAUGAGAGAGGGAAGGAUUUCAGGCCCAAGGCCCAAGUGGGGCGGGAAGAAGCACAGACUCACCUCCGUUGCCUUCUUUGCUGAGGGUGCCUCUCCAGCACGCCGGCAGACAGACCCAGAUCAGGAGGCCUGGCGCUGAAUGAUGUGGUUUGGGGCAGCCGCUGACUACAAUAACCCCUGGUCCCUUUGCAGCGGAUCAGAUUAUGUCCGGUCUCUGUGCCCAUUGAUACAGGCUGGGUAGCAGGAGCCCUUCAGCCCCACGGUGACAUGGGCUGUUACGUGUUUCAAUGAUUAAUCCUUCUUCGACCUAUUCCAGGCCGGAAGGGCCGAGAUGCUGUUUCCUGAGGAGCUGUUCCAGGACUAGCUAGGAGCCUUUCCAAGCGUCACAGAAGAACGGUCCAGAGUUAAUAUGGCCUAGAGUUGUUUGUUGCAUAAUAAAGCUGCUGCUGAUUUCCAA